GGUCGGCGGCGGCCUCGGGGGCGGCAGCCCGGAGAAGAGCCGCAGCGCCCAGGAGUACAAAGAGCAGGGCAACCGGCUCUUCGUCAGCCGAAAGUACCCGGAGGCCGCCGCUUGCUACGGGCGGGCCAUCAACCGGAAUCCCUUAGUGGCAGUCUAUUACACCAACCGCGCCUUAUGCUUCCUUAAGAUGCAGCAGCACGACAAGGCCCUGGCUGACUGUAAGCAUGCCCUGGAGUUGGACAGCCAGUCCGUGAAGGCGCACUUCUUCCUGGGGCAGUGCCAGAUGGAGAUGGAGAACUACGACGAGGCCAUUGCUAACCUUCAGAGAGCCUACAACUUAGCCAAAGAGCAACGACUGAACUUUGGGGACGACAUCCCAAGCGCUUUGCGGAUUGCGAAGAAGAAGCGCUGGAACAACAUUGAGGAGAAGCGGAUCAACCAGGAAAACGAGUUGCACUCCUAUCUCACCAAGCUCAUCAUGGCAGAGAAAGAGAGGGAGUUGGAUGAAUGUCGACGGGCGCAGGAAGAGGAGAACGUGGAGGAAAGUCGGAGCCGCGUGCAGCUGGCCAACAUCGAAGCCAAACAUGAAAAGUACCUAGCAGACAUGGAUGAGCUGUUCUCCCAGGUGGAUGAGAAGCGGAAGAAGCGCGACAUCCCGGAUUACCUGUGUGGGAAGAUCAGCUUUGAACUGAUGCGAGAACCCUGUAUCACGCCCAGCGGGAUCACGUAUGACAGGAAAGACAUUGAAGAGCACCUCCAGCGCGUCGGCCACUUUGACCCCGUGACCCGCAGCCCCCUGACCCAGGACCAGCUGAUCCCCAACCUUGCCAUGAAAGAAGUGAUAGACGCGUUCAUAUCGGAAAACGGCUGGGUAGAAGAUUACUGACCACCGCAGGGGAGAGGCUGUGCUUGCAGCCUCCUCGUGGCGUCCCCCAGCCGCGGCAGCCAAGGCCACUGGACUGCUAGAGACUGGCUCUCUGAGCUCGCUGGGCCAGCGCCAUGCCUUACUCACUGUCUGUCUCGCUUUCCCUCCUCUUCCUGCUCCGGCUGGCCGGGCUGCCUCAACCUGUGCCAGUUCGGGGCCCGUCCGUCACCUCCCUGGGGUGGGCCUUGGCGUCGGCUUGCUCCCAGGCCGCUUUCCAACACGGGCAAAGCCGGGAGCCUCAGGCCUGGCUCUGAGGUGGCGGGGAAGGCCAGCCCUGUUUCAAGAAGAGAGGCGAGGAGGGAGGCCUGCAGCAGCACUUUCCCUGAGGGCCACAAAAUGCGUUGUGUGAGGGGCAGACACCCCACAGUGGCAUAUGAAGGAUACCAUGUCGGCCCCGCAAACUGCACCCCACAGCCCUCCAGGCAGAUGGACACAUUUCCCUCCACACACACACACACACCCCUUCCCAUUUUGACUAUGCUGCAGUUGUUGGGCUCGGCCUUUGCAGCAAGCCACAAGCUGAAGGGGCUGGACUGCCCCCCUCCCGGUUCUUCCCAACCCCCCCCCCCCAGCUUGGCUUUGAGGUUUCUUCCCACUCCUUUCUCUCUCUGUACAAAGUUUUAGGUUCCCCCCCUCCCCACCUCAUUCCGUUUUCCUGCCUGCCCAGGAUAGUUGGGUUUAUUUUUAUUGUUUGGCCUCUUUACUCUGUAAAUAAAUAGCCACAUAUUUUGGGCUGGGUGGUGGAGGUGGGCACAGAGAUCUAAUAAUUAUUAUACAGACGACUGGAAUUUGGGUUUGGUUGGGGGAAGCACCUGCUUGUGUGGGAAGCUGAGCCCCCCGGUUCUGUUCCAGGUAGUUGUUUUCCCAUUAAACCACUGAAAGUUC